GAAAUGAAGAGUCAAAGGCCAGGGUCAUAGACAGUGGGAGGGACAUCCACUUCCCUCCAGCUUUAGGCUCUGAAAACAGAGACAAACUGGCAACCAUGAAGACGUUUGGGCUGGUCCUGGCCUCUCUCUUCGCCUUUGCAGCUGUUGGCACAGGGCAGCAGCGCCGUCCGCAGGAAGAGCAGCUUUUCUACGACCCAGAUCACUUUCAGAUUCAGAGUCCCACCUUUCCACCCCUGGAGCGAAGCCAGCAGGAGGCUCCCAAAAGAAAUGUCCGAUCGGUGGAGGAGUUGCCAGGCCUGCAGGUGCCGAGAGAACCCCUAAGGCGGAGGUUCUGUCCUGGUUGUUACACAUCUCUUGAGCAGCGCCCUCCACUGGAAGAGCAGCGCCCAGUUCGCUUGUGGAUUCAGGCUCCCACCUUUCCACCCCCGGAGCGAAGCCAACAGGAGGCUGCCAAGAGAAAUGUCCGAUCGGUGGAGGAGUUGCCAGGUGUGGAACAAAGCCUCCAGGAUUCAAGAGAAUCCCGAAGGCAGAGGUUCUGUCCCAGUUGUUUCUCACCUCUUCAUCAGGUACCGCAGCGCCGUCCGCAGGUAGAGCAGCUCCCAGUUCGCUUGUGGAUUCAGGAUCCCACCUUUCCACCCCUGGAGCGAAGCCAGCAGUCUUUUUGGUCUCUGAGCUUCCCAGUUAAGUUACAGGAGCCGAGGUCCGAGUCCAGGACAAAGAGGUCCCUGAGGGGGGCCGCCCCAGCGCGGGCCAGGGCAAAGCAGCGCUCGGGUACCCGGGCCGUCUGCCGGGGCUGCUACUCGGGGCUGAUGAUCGUGGCCCCGCCUGCCCAGGGGAGCACAAAGGAGACUUGGAUCGGAAGCCACUCGGAGUCCGAGGGAGAUUCCAGCGAAGAAGUUACUCUACCUCCCAAAGCCUGAGCCCCUACCCAGGGCGCAGAGUCCUCGACGGACGCUGAAGACCAGACCUGACACGGAAUGAGCUGUAAUCGUAGAAUCAUAGAGGUGGAGGGCACACCAAGGGUCAUCUAGUCCAACCCCCUGUCAUACAGGAAUAGCAGCUAAAUAUGUUGCUGGAAGUAUUCUAAUUAUGUGUUAUCACUGAUUGUAUCCUUGUAAACUGCUUGGAAGACAUUUUGAUGUGUAAGAAGUCUAUUAAUUAAUUAACAAACCAUGCAAUAAAUCAUCCGUGAUUGCAAUAUUUUUAUUUAAUUUU